AUGGCCCGGGUGUGGCUGGAGACCAUCAACUCUUUACCAGGGUUUCCCCACAAUGUGCUUUCGGUGCCCAUGGAAAAUAAAUACAAAUGUCAGCAGUGUCUCCAGGUUCUCAGGAAGCCAGUCCAGGCUCAGUGUGGCCACCGCUUCUGCGUGCACUGCUUCAAGCAGCUCACCAGUUCGGGUCCAAAGCCAUGCGAGGCCUGCCGCCUGGAGAAGAUCUAUGAGGAACCCACCUCCAUCCUCAACAUCAGCGAAGCUUUUCCAGACAACGCGGCUGGUCGAGAAAUAGCGAGCCUGCCCGCACACUGUCUGAAUGCUGGUUGCAGCUGGAAAGGAUCCAUCAAAGAAUACGAGAUGCAGCAUGAAGGCUCCUGCGAGCUGGAGCGCGUGCAGUGCGAGGCCUGCCAUGCCUUCUUGUUGCGCUCGGAGAUGGAGCAACACCGUGAGAGGGAGUGCGAAGCCCGAAUGCUUAACUGCAAAUAUUGCAAAGUCUUGUGCAGCUUUAAAGACAUUAAGGCGCAUGAUGAAGUGUGCCUUAAGUUCCCCUUGCAGUGCAAAGAUUGUGGAAAAAGGAGGAUCCCCAGAGAAAAGUUCAACGAUCACCUUCGGUCCUGUACCAAAUCCAAGAGUGCCUGUCCGUUUCGCGAAGUGGGCUGCAAGUUUGUGCUGGACAAUGGCAAGUUGAGCGACCACGAGCACAGCAGCAUCAUGGAGCACCUGCGCAUGCUACUGCCAGCGGUCCUGUCAGUAGCCCGACCUGGCGCGGAGGCCCCCACCGAGUGGCAGGAGGACUCUGGUCUGGGCCUGUACAGGGCUCCUGAGGAAGGAGCCUUGUCACCCGCUGACCUCGACAAGAAGGUGGGAACCUUGGCGGACAUGUUGUGCGUUCUGAACCGCGAGGUGGAGCGCAGCACCGUGACGCUGGAGGCCUUCUCACACCAGCACCGGCUGGACCAGGAAAAACUGGAGAACCUGAACAACAAGGUGCAGCAGCUGGAGCGGGCGCUGGCUAUGCGCGACUUCCAGCUGUCCGAGACUGAGCAGCUGGUGCGUGAACUGCAGUUCUGCACCUACGACGGCGUCUUCGUCUGGAAGAUCUCGGACUUUGCGCGCCGCAGGGUUGAUGCCGUGUCGGGUCGAACGCUCGCCAUGUUCUCGCCAGCUUUCUACUCCAGCAAGUACGGCUACAAAAUGUGCCUGCGCCUGUACCUGAAUGGCGACGGCACAGGGCGAGGUACGCACCUGUCGCUCUUCUUUGUGGUCAUGCGGGGGCGCUGUGACGCACUGCUCAAAUGGCCCUUCAGCCAGAAGGUGACUCUGAUGCUGCUGGACCAGAACAACCGCGAGCACAUCAUCGACGCCUUCCGCCCGGACGUCUCUUCUACAUCCUUCCAGCGGCCGGCGGGUGAGAUGAACAUUGCCAGCGGCUGCCCGCUCUUCUGCCCGCUGGGGAAGCUGGCCGGGAAGAGUCCGUACUUGCGUGACGAUACCAUCUUCAUCAAGGCCAUCGUGGACCUGACGGGCUUGUAA